GAUAGACUCCUUUUGGAACAAAACUCUGUCUCUCUCUCUCUCUCUCUCUCUCUCUCUCUCUCACACACACACACACAGUAUUAUGUUAAAUAUAGAAUCCCCGGUGGAGACGGAACAUUACAUAGACAGUCGAUUUUGCAUGUAUAAUAAUAACAAGAUGAUGAGAAACUGUGGAGUUUAGCCCUAAUCGCCGAUUUGACCAAUUCACCUACACACACAAUCGGAGACCGAUGGAGACGCCCACACCGCGUGCUCAAUAUGUCACUCGCAAUUCCCUGAAAAGAGUGUUUCCAGGUGCGAGUUCAAUUGAUGCGGAGGUAGUGGAAAUAUCGCGACCUAUCAAUUGGAGUUCCAAAUCGAAAUCUCCUAAGCAAAAGCAGGUUAUUUGCCAUGAAAUAAUAGAUGUUGACGUGGAAGAAGAUAUCAGCGAUGUUAAGCACAGUGAGGGAAAUGUAAAAUCUAGUGGCAAGGGGAAGGAUAUAUUGGUCGAUGUUUCCCUUGGUCAUGGUAGUUCAGCUAAUAGUGGACCAGUAGAUGGGGCUCAGUCUUCAAAGAAGAAGUGCCCUUCAGCAUCAGAUAAUCCAAUUACUAUAGAUGAUUAUGUUAUUGAUGAGCACAUAGACAUGUAUUAUGAUGACUUACUGUAUGACGGUGUUAUGAAAUCACAUUUUGAUAACAUGGAUAUUCCCCCUGGAGUUGAGGCUCCAAUCCCAUGGAUGCCUUGUCCCGCCGAUGGAAAAAUGGCAUCAAGGAACCAGUCCACUUCAUUUAGCAGCUCAACUCUUGUUAGUCAGCCUACACAGUUUGGGCAGUCUUGGUCAUCUCUAGGACCUGCUUUAGGCAAAGAGAGACUAUUAUCCAUCGGAAGUUCAAAUUUUGAGGGAAAAAGUAGUUCAAUGAACUUCUCAUCCGGGGCAGAAAAACAUUUGUUUUCCCAUUGUACAACGAAAUUCCAUCCAUCCCAUGCUACAGCUUCUUAUGGUUGGGAUAACCAAUCUACUCCUAGUGCCUUUUAUCCCCCAAAUUAUUCCAUGGGAUCUCCAGUGCCUGAUUGGACGAAUUUAUUACUUAAUCCAGCCACUCAGGUCUCAUCAGGAUUUACUCAUGCGUCAGGGGCUGCAAACUAUUUCCCUCAGGAAAUGGGUUUUGCACCCUUGAAUCCGGGUUUGCUUAAAAGUGCAAAAACUACAGCAAGUCCGUCAAUUCCUUUGGGGCCUGCUUCUAAGGGGGAACAACAUACAGAAUUAGGUGAAACUCUGAAGAAGCUCCGUCUUUUCAAAAAAUUUGAUACUGUUCAGGAUUAUACAGACCACCACUAUUCUGCUUCUUCAAAAAACCAGCCUUCUAAGAAUUGGGCCAAGAAAAUACAGGAGGAAUGGAAAAUCCUGGAGAAAGAUCUGCCUGAUACAAUAUUUGUCAGGGUGUAUGAAACAAGAAUGGAUCUGUUGAGGGCAGUUAUUAAAGGAGCUGAUGGAACUCCAUAUCAUGAUGGCCUUUUCUUCUUUGAUGUUCUCUUUCCAAGCAACUAUCCCAAUGUUCCACCGCAAGUUCACUACCAUUCGUUUGGCCUUCGACUCAAUCCUAAUUUAUAUGCUUGUGGAAAAGUCUGCCUGAGUCUUCUCAACACUUGGAGCGGCACAGGGAAGGAGAAAUGGAUCCCUCGUGAGUCUACCAUGCUACAAGUUUUGGUGUCCAUACAAGGGCUAAUUCUGAAUGCAAAGCCCUAUUUCAAUGAGCCUGGUUGGGCAGGCAUGAGCGGGACACCUAAAGGAGAAGCAAGCUCACUGCAGUAUAAUGAGAGCACUUAUAUUUUAAAUCUUAAAACAAUGGUCUUCUCCAUGAGGCGUCCGCCAAAGCACUUUGAGGAUUUUGUAGCAGGGCAUUUCGUACAAAGUGCUCUGGAUAUACUCGUGGCGUGUAAGACAUAUAUGGAUGGUGCUCAAGUAGGUAGCCUUGUCAAGGGAGGUGUUCAGGAUGUCGAUGAGGGUGACAAGAGCUGCUCACCGAGUUUUAAGGCUUCUUUGGCGGGAUUUAUCAAGACGGUUAUAGAUGCAUUUACUGAGAUUGGUGCAAAGGAUUGUGAGAAGUUUCUUUACUUGGCGCAAUCAGGACCUAUCACUAGCUUCCUCAAUAAAAAAAGAGGAACUGGCAAGAGAAAAUGAGCUAUUUCCAUGGUUGAUCAAUGAGAAUGAUGUAUAGGGAUGCUGACAUUGGAUUUUGACUAUAGAUAGAACUGACUUAAUGUUGAACAACUUGUUCAACUUUAUUAUGGUGCAAUUAUCGACAUAAUUGGGUAAUAUAAUGUAAAGUAACCAAAUAUUCUUUUCUGCAUAAUCCGUGGCGGGAUAUGUAUAGCUUCAUGCUAUCCUUCCCUUCAGCUUAUUCAGUGUUUUCUUUCUUCUGGUUUUUAUGAGUUUGUAGACAGCAAAGGUAGAGCUCUUUAGACCAUGAUGUAUUCAUCUGAUUUAUAAUAUGUAUAGCUCCUAUAAUUUAUACAGGCUUAUUCAUGGUUUCUUUC